AGCCACUUUAUAUCAGUUGGCUGGCAAGGCAAAUCUCACGUUUCUGCAGUGCAGGCAAUCCUUCUUUUCUCUUCUCCAUCUUGAGCAGGUAGGCCGGGCUAAAUUCUCUUCUCCCAGAUAACCACUCCACCAAUUCCAGUAAAUUAGCAAGAUGAUUGAAAAUUUAUUUGACGCUGCCAAGCAGAACCCCUUCUUCAACCCGUUUCAAGUUGCCAAGUGCAGCAGCAGCAACAAUGCCGAGCUGUCCUUGCCAAAAUCGACGGUUAUCCCAUCGAGAAAUAUUGCUUUUGCUGCUGCAGCCACUGAGCAAUAUUCUUGUGAGUAUGGAUCCAUGAAGUACUAUGCUCUGUGUGGUCUUGGGGGUGCUAUUUCUUGCGGAUUUACCCACACCGCCGUCGUACCGUUGGACUUGGUCAAGUGCCGGCUUCAAGUGAACCCUGACAAGUACAAGAACAUUUUCAAUGGAUUCAGAGUCACCGUGAAAGAGGAUGGCGCUCGAGGCUUGGCCAAGGGAUGGGCACCCACCUUCAUUGGCUAUUCAAUGCAAGGAUUGUGCAAAUUUGGCUUUUAUGAACUGUUUAAGGUCGUCUACUCUGGAAUGCUGGGAGAGGAGAAUUCAUACUUGUGGAGAACAUCGCUCUACUUGGCUGCAUCUGCCUCGGCUGAAUUUUUCGCUGACAUUGCCCUGAGUCCAAUGGAAGCCGUUAAAGUCCGAAUUCAAACGAUGCCCGGAUUUGUCAGCACUCUACGUGAAGGUGCUCCAAUUAUCUAUCAACAAGAAGGAUUGAACGGCUUCUACAAGUCACUUGUUCCUUUAUGGAUGCGACAAAUUCCAUACACAAUGAUGAAGUUUGCUUGCUUUGAGAGAACCGUCGAACUCUUAUACAAGUAUGCUGUACCAAAGCCUAGAGCAGAGUGCACAAAGGGCGAACAGCUCGUCGUAACCUUCACCGCCGGUUACAUUGCUGGAGUUUUCUGCGCCAUCGUCUCCCAUCCCGCUGAUACCGUGGUGUCUAAAUUGAACCAGAAGAAGGGAGCUACCGCAUCCUCAGUUGUGAAGGAGUUGGGAUUCGCUGGUCUAUGGAAGGGACUUACUGCUAGGAUCAUUAUGAUUGGUACCUUAACUGCCGCUCAGUGGUUCAUCUAUGAUGCUGUGAAAGUUGGUUUCGGUCUCCCACGACCCCCACCACCAGAAAUGCCAGAAUCCUUGAGGAAGAAAUUAGAAAAGUCCCACUAAUUUCAACACAUUGAUGCAGUCUGUGGUAGAAGAAUUUAAGGAAAUUUCAAACACGUAGACCUAAUUUUAUUUCGAAAUAUAUCUUCUUCGGAUUCUAAUUCACCUAUAUAAACUCCGAAUUGAGUUCAAGAUCCAAUAAACGGUCAGAGUAUUAGUUAGAUA